AUGGCCCACAGCGGCGGCACCGGCAGCUCCGGGCCCUGGUGGAAAUCGCUAACCAACAGCAGGAAGAAAAGCAAGGAAGCCGCGGUAGGGGCACAGCCUCCCGCGCAAGCCGCCCCCGGGGAGCCCGCGCCGCCCGCGCCGCCCAGCCCGGACUGGACUAGCAGCUCCCGGGAGAAUCAGCACCCCAAUCUCCUCGGGGGGACCGGCGAGCCCCACAAGCCGGACAAGUUGUGCGGAGAGAAAUCGGGCGGCAACCGCCGCAAUUUGAAGAUCUCGCGCUCCGGCCGCUUUAAAGAGAAGAGGAAAGUUCGCGCCACUCUGCUCCCCGAAGGAGUCAGGUCCCCGGAGGAGGCGGACUUCCCUGGUGACCCGCACGGCGACAUGCAAUAG